UUAGCUACACGUCCCUUUUCCCUUUGAAGCGCGUAACUGCAGAGAGGCGAGACUAAAUGCGCCCCCAUUGUCGUCAGCAAGCCCAGGUUGAGGCCUCAGGAGUGGCUGGGGCCGGGCUCUGCUGAAGAGUGGGGGUGGGGAUGGCUUAGGUGGCUUGACUGUCAAUGGUGCUGCCCAGGGUGUACUUGUGUGUCUCUUUGUGUCAGGCCUGGGUUCGGGUAGGGGUUCCUCUACUGCAAUUCAGAGCACCACCAGAAGGGCUGUUGCAAAUGGUGCUGGCUUGUAAUAUCCCCAGUGGGGCCGAUUGGCCGGUUGGGGUUUGCUAGAGUGGAAGUGCGGGUUCUGGCCACAUGUCCUACACUGGCUCUGUGUCAGCUGGAGAUUUUCCCUUGUUAGGCAAAUCCCACAAGUGGCCGGUUAAUCCGGCUUUGUGGUGUGAAUGGAAAUGCAGAUAUCACCGGCUUAUUUUCAUGUUACAGUUAGACUGAGGCGCCCGGAAUGUUUUGGUUCUUAAUUUGGAAUGUUCACCCUUAAAAGUUCCUGGCCUGCCCAGAGUCACAGGAACCAGCCCCAUGUGCGCCUGUUGCCCCUUGCCAAACUUGGUUAAGGAAUUAUCAUUUAUCUGAUUUCCACCAAGAUUAAAAAGAAAUGUUCUAUUUUACUGCCCCCUAUAGAGCUGGAGACGGGAGAAUUUUAGCAGGAAUUUUUAUUCACAAAAUGAACAUUUUAGGUUUUCUCUUCUCUUCAAAGAAAAGAGAACAAUAUAAUGCUGUGGACAAAAUCUUCUAAUUUAGGUGUCUAAAGUUAGGUUUCUAAUUCCACAUUUAGACCGAAAUGAAAAUGGCCUUAUUUCCAGAAGAGUUGAGCACUUACAAAUUCCACUGAGGUCAAUUGAAGCUCUGCGGGUGCUCAACACCUCCGGAAAUUGGGCAAUUUUUAUUUAAGUGCCAAAAUCUAACUUUAAGUACUUAAGUUUAAAAUCUUUCACCAUGUUCUCCUUGUGCUAUUGGUGGGCACAGACCUUCUUAAAUGAUUACCACCAACCAUGUCACGUAUAGCUAUCAUUCGCUCUUGUUCAGGGCAACAUGAAUGGGAUGGCAAGGAAUUCAGCAGAUAAUGGAGAGGGCCAUCAGCAAAGGCCUCAGGUCAAUAUAAAUGUACCUUCCUGCCAGCCAAUCAUCUUCCAGGAUUCUACAACAUUCUCAAAACUUAGAGGUGGACAAGGUUUAUUAGAUCAUCCACCCCAUCUCCCUGUUAAUGCAGGAUUGUUCCAUACCACCCAUAUACUAGUGCUUUGUCCAGUCUACUUUUAGAAGUCCAGAAUAAUUGGGCUUUCCCAGCUUCCCCAGAUAUAAUAAUUUUAUUAAGAUAAUGUUGAAGUAAAAAGAAAAUGGUACAGAGUUUAAGCAUAGAAGUUUCUGGUUAUCAGGGAAUAAGGUAUAGAUUAUCAAGGGGUGCGAAAUUCGGUUUAGGAAUGGGUGGCGUAAGGAAUACGUAAUCUGCAAUCUCCCCGAUUGGGGGUAAAAGUUUAACCGGUCAAAGUACAGACAUUGUGAUAUGGGGGUAUGUUGUCCAUAUAAUGGCUAUGUUCGGGUGUGGAGUAUAAUGAGUGGAUACGAUGAUGGGGAUGGAUCUACCCUCAUUUGGUGGGAUUUAAUGUUCAGUGAGUUUAUGGUUCUAGUUCAUAUGGUCCAAUGGAAAAAGUCUCUCAGUCCCUUUCCCAUAGUUGAUGCACGAUGUUGUACCGGCUCACACCUCCUGGUACUGUUGGUGGCCGGUGAUGUGUUCAAUGUAAAUGUCCCUGGACCAUCGGAUGGUGUCCGAGACCAUGAGGCGCCGCAUGAGCCGUGCGUAGCGUUGACCGAUCCCACAGGUCCGCAGCACACGCUCGUUGCAGGGGUCCCAAGCGCCCAGGGCUCCGACGAUCAGGGCAUCCAUCUGCACCUCAUAGCCCUUCGCUCUCAGGGUGUCGGCUAGAGGGGCGUAUUUUUCCAGCUUAUGAGCUCGGGCUUCGCGGAAGGCCAGGGUCCUGUUCUCAAAGGAGACCGUGAUGUCGACGAGGAUGAUCUUUUUCUGGGCCUCGUCGGUGACUACCACGUCAGGUCGCAACUGGCUGUCAGUACCGGGGAUGGCGCAGUUCACGGCGACCUCCUCCAGGCGUGGUGCGAUGGCUUUCACUGGGUGGUUCACAGCCUAACACAUCUCACCGGCAGGAAGAUUUUCUUGAUAUUUUGGGUCCAGUGUUCAACAGGCCUCCGUACUGUGCUCACAGGAACUUGCAAGUACAUCCAUCAGUUCCGGAAGGAAUUUCAGAAAGUAGGGAUGGCAUCAGUAGCCUUAUUUCCACCGUCCCAGUCCCAGACUCCGAGAUUUCAGAGCGUUAGUUUUGACUACGACACUGAUAAUCAAAAGAAGACUCCUUUUACAAUUGUGGACUGCAAGCCAUUUCUUUACAGAGACAUUGAAUGUAGGGCCAAAGAAGAGGAUAAAAAGGCUCAACAGAAUUUGAAGGUCCAUGAAAAGAGCACAUUUUCAUCAAGAGCAAAGUCUCGAGACUCUGUGAAAAAGAUGGACUCAGUCAUUGAAAGAGAGACCCGGGCUACAAUAGAUAAAGGGUAUAUUACUUCUGGUCCCAACUGGGCUCUUACUUUUGCAAAAUGUUGCCAAAGUGACAAACAGUCUUUAGCAGAUUAUAUCAAGGAACAGAAGGAGUUGUUUCUGCUGCAGUACGCAGUAAAAGUAAAAGAACAAACUAUAAAGAAGCUGGAGAAAUUAGCAAUGCAAGCCGAGAAAGAGGCCACUUCUGCCGAAGCAAAGCUAGAAGAGGAUACAAUUGCAUUUGAGGAAUUUCUGAAAGAAAAUGACCGAAGUUCUGCGGAUGCACUUAACAUGUUAGAAUUGCUAUUACAGUUAAUGUUUGUUUCAAUUUUUGAUCUACCGAAAACCGUACACCUAUGUCUCUGUAAUAUUUCCAUGUUACUUUUUAGUGCAGCCCAAGAAACUAAAUCCAAAAUGGAAAUGGUUGCAGAUGUAAAGUCUGCUAUUAAUGAACUCUUCGCUAUUAAAAGUGAAAUUGCAAAUGCCGAAUUCCUUCUCAUGGAGAGUUUAUAUUAUGAAGAUUUUUUGAUGAAACUUUCUCCUAAAGAAUGGCAAGAAGAACAGAGAACAAAAAAGUUGAAAGCAAGAAUAAACAAACAGAGAGAAAGAGAGUGCAUGCAGAGAGAAAUGAUUACGUGUACUUUCACUCCACACCAAGAAAAAGAAAGUGUACGCAAAGAGAAGAUAAUUUCUUCAGUUUCACGCCAACCACGCCACUGUUCUAUUUUUUUAAAGCCAAAUAGACUCUAUGUAUCAAAUACAGACAGGCGCUUCAGUUCCUUUGAGAAAAGUGCUGGAUACAAUAGGAAAACAUCAGCUGUAAGUGAGAGUUGUCACCAGAGAACAGCAGUGCAUGGUAACAAAGAAAAUGAACGCAGGUCUUCUAGAAAGCUCACAAAAGCAGACUUGAAUGAAGAAGUGAAAAUGUUAAGUGAGUGCAAAUCCAUCUUGACUGAUAAAAAAAAGACAUCACCAAGGUGGGAAAGCGAAAGUGAUUGUGCUAUUCAUGAAGAUUCCUUGAAAGACCUGGACACUGAUAUGGUGCCAGAAAUAUAUUUCACAGACCCAAAACAGUUACUUCAGAUCUUCACAGAGCUAGAGGAACAAAAUCUUGCAUUGAUCCAAAAUAACCAAGACUUAGAUGAAACUAUGGAUGAAAUUGAGCAGAUGGCAAAAACUAUAAAGGCAAAACUAAAUGAAAAAUUAAGUGUUGUUAUAGGACAUAAAGAAAUUCUUAAAGUUUCCUGCAUCAGUGAAGAGGAAAAACUCACAGAUCUGGCACUAAGAGCUAAAAUGUUUUCUUUUGGAGAAUUUAAUCCAGAAAUCCAGGACAAAAUGCUACAUUCACUUACUAAAAAGGUUGCAGAAGUGUACAGAGUUAGUGUUGGAGAAGUAGACGCAUCAAGCAUUAGCUCCAUUCAGAUGUUGAGAAGAAUAGAGAAUCGAAUUGAAGAACUGUGUGAAUUGUUGGAGUCAGUUCCAAAAGAAAAUAUUGAAGCAAUUGAGAAAAUUAAGAUGAAAGAAAGAAGGCAAAGAUUACGUGAAGAAAAAAAGAGACAAGAAAUGAAACUUCAGGAAGAACGACUGCAGUGUUCUCUGAAAAGAGCAACUGCAGCACCAAAGAAGAAGAUGGGAAGAAAACUGGUAUUUCGCUCACAGCCUCCAGAGAUUAGACGGAAGGAGGUGUGCCCGAAAGAGAACAACACAAAAACGCAAGACGACUUGUUAUUUUUCACUUGAGUUUAAAAGUAGUUGUACCUCCUUAAAGGUAGUUUUACAGUGCUGUAGCUUUUUCUUCCUACUUAGUUCAUCUAGAGCAAAAAUUAAUAUUCUGUACUGUAGUUUAACAGAACUUACUAACAAAAAGGAGUUAUUAAGGGAUCCUUACUAUAAGUAGAAAACCUACUUUGUAUAUCUAAUGUGAAAAAGCCCAGAAUCUCUUCACUGCUUGUUCUGUAACACCUAUUACCACUAUCAACAGAGAAAAAUGCCAUUCCCACAACUUCUUCAGUAUACUCCAGUGUAGUUAGCUUAGAAAGACAAGCUGUUUGCAACAGUAAAAAAAUCCUCACCGACUUUUGAGCUGCUCUAUAAUAUGACUGCAGUGCAACGAAAGAGAUAGGACACCCGUUGCUACAUAAAGUGAUAUAUCACGAUCCGGUUGAUAUGCACAACUUUAAAAAUAAAAUUUACCAUGGGAAGC